GCGGCCUGGCUCUGCUGGGCAGCACUGCCGAUGCCUUCGUCGCUGCACCCCGAGAGGCCAGUGCGCCCAGCCUCCGCGGCACCUCCGUAUCCCAGGUGCAGGCUCAAGCCGCCAGCAGUUCGUCCUUCUCGGCUCUGGCUGCCGGUGGAGCUGUCGCUGCAGCAGCUGUGGCUGCCAGCCGAUCAGGCCGCCAGGCUCGAAGCUCCGUCCUUCCUACAACCGUGGUGCCUGUCAAGGACAGCCGCGUGACACGCCGGGCGCUGGACCAGUCGAGCCGAUAUGCGGACCUGUCCCUGGACGAGGCCACGCUGAUCAAGCUCCUGGGCCUGAAUGCGGACACACGUGCAUACAAAUAUUGCGAUGUAGAACAGAUCAGUUUUGAUGUUGUCACAAGGAACGGCAAGCACGUGCUUGUUGCGUACAUCAUGAAGCCGAAGGCGGGCUACGACUACCUGGCCACGGCCGCCCACUUCGCCGCCGAGUCCUCCACAGGCACCAACGUGAAC